AGGUGAACUCAAAGAGUCGCUCACAAUGUGGACCUUCUGGAUUGUUUGCAGCGUCGUCAUUCUGCAUGGCGUGCGAGGUGACGGGGGCUUGACUGCCGCCCCGUUGUACAUGACUACUGCAGGCUCUUCGUGCCGCUACAAUUGCGGCAGGCAGCUGGGAAGCUGUUCCUGCUCCAGUUCUUGCCAUUAUUACGGCAACUGUUGUCAUGACUACAACCGUUACUGCAACAGAACGACUCCGCCAGCAUGGACCACAGCCCCGCCUUCGUGCCGCUACAACUGCGGCAGUCACCUGGGAAGCUGUUCCUGCUCCAGUUCUUGCCAGUACUACGGCAACUGUUGUCAUGACUUCAACCGUUACUGCGACACAAUGAUUCCGCAAUCGACCAGAGCCCCGCCUUCGUGCCGCUACAACUGCGGCAGUCACCUGGGAAGCUGUUCCUGCUCCAGUUCUUGCCAGUACUACGGCAACUGUUGUCAUGACUUCAACCGUUACUGCGACACAAUGAUUCCGCAAUCGACCAGAGCCCCGCCUUCGUGCCGCUACAACUGCGGCAGUCACCUGGGAAGCUGUUCCUGCUCCAGUUCUUGCGAUUAUUACGGCAACUGUUGUCAUGACUACAACCGUUACUGCGACAGAACGACUCCGCCAGCAGGGACCACAGCCUCGCCUUCGUGCCGCUACAACUGCGGCAGUCAUCUGGGAAGCUGUUCCUGCUACAGUUCUUGCCAGUACUACGGCGGUUGUUGCCCUGACUACUACUCCCACUGCUACGCCACAACGGACAUGCCAAGCACAGGGGGACCUUGCGGAGGUUCUAUGUUUGGCUCAGGUACCUUGUCCAGUCCCGGACACCCCGACUACUACCACGACAACGCCUACUGUGUGUGGCACCUCAGAUCUUUGCAUGACCAAAGAGUCUUGCUGGAAUUCUCAUACUUGCAGUUGGAGAGCUGCUGCAGUUGCGACUACAUUUCAGUCUACGACGGUCCUUCUGAGAACUCGCGACUUUUGGGGAAAGUGUGCAACGACAACAACAACGGCAGCCUUAAUAUUUUCUACUCCACCUCCAACUACAUGACGGUGGUUUUCCGAAGCGACGGAUCAGUGGUCGGGAGAGGAUUCCGUGCGGACUUCACGAGCGCUCUCCCGCAGGACUCAGGUAAAGUCAAUUGCUCCCAGGAUAACAUGAACAUCGCGAUUGGAAGGAAGUACUUGAACUCGCUAGGCUACGACGGCCACAGUCUCUACCUCAAUGACCAGAACUGCAGACCCCAAGUUUUUGCAAAAGAGGUGGUCUUCGGUUUCCACGUCAAUAGAUGUGGCACCAGUCGAAAGUUUGAGAACGGAAGAGUGGUGUACCACAACGUGGUGCGCGGCUACACGUCGAGCAGCGGCGACAUCACGCGCAAAGCUAACUUGAAAAUCGACGUGGUGUGUCGGAUGGAUCAAUACUCGGUGGCGCAGAUCAUGUACCUGGCGCAGAAUCACGACAACACCAGCAUCACGGGCACGGGAACAUUCAACACCUCCAUGGACUUCUACACCAGCAGCAACUUCUAUUACAAGGUGACCGAAUCCCCGUACAAGGUUUCCCUCAACCAGGACCUCUACAUCCAGGUAGACCUGAGGAGCAGCAGUGAAAGAUAUCUGGAUAUUUUCCUUGAUACCUGCAUUGCCUCGCCGUCUGAAAACUUCAACGGGGCAGUCUACUACCUGGUCCGCAAUGGGUGUCCCAUCGAUAACACCUACCAGUCGUUGGUGAGUGGCAGCAGCCGCUACGCUCGUUUCUCCUUCAAGGCCUUCCAGUUCCUGCGGAAUGCUGAGCAGGUUUACAUCCAGUGCAAGGUCCUCAUGUGUCAAAGCAAUGACUGGAAUUCCCGUUGCCGCCGCGGCUGCCUCAAGCGCAGGACCAGAGACGUUGGCACCAAACACGAGAGCCGAAUUCUGGUCCUGGGUCCCAUCCAACUCAUGGAACCUGACAAAAAGUAUGAGGGAUCAGCAAAUUAGGAUGUCGUUUAACAAGAUUGUCUCCACUCAUCAUUUUCAUAAUCAGGAAUGAAACUGAAACAUACUCACCGGUGAUUAAAAGCUGCAAGAAAGAC